CGCCGUCGCCGGUGGCCCGAGGGCGAGCAGGUCAGUCGACGAAAUGGACUUAAGCGCGUUGCUGCUUUUGUGCCUGGCGGUGCUGAGCGGCGCCCAAGAGACGAUUCGGCCGCUCGACGCCCACACAAACGCCACUGAAAAGCACAAACGGGAAAAACCAGAAUGUGCAGGGAAGGGUUGCGAGCCGCUGCAGAAGCGGGAGAACGGGGGCGCCAAGGAAUCGGGGGUUGUGGCGAAAAGAGCGCCGUACCAACAGGGCGACGACAAGCUGCAGCUUUACCACCUGUCGCUCGGAGUCCUCGAGGCCACCGCCGCCUACAGGAACAGCAUGGGAUACGGCAGCUACGGCGGAUACGCGAACGGCAAAACGCCGAACACGUUCACGGAGUACCUGCUGAGUCAGGGCUACAUGCCCGGCCCGUACAAGGUGUGCGCGCCGCCCGUCUACUGCCCCAGCGGCUACGCCACCAAGUUCCGAACCUUCGACGGCUCCUGCAACAACCCCAAGUACCCGCGCUGGGGCCAGGCCAAGACCGCCUUCAACCGACUCCUCGCCCCCGCUUACUCUGAUGGCGUUUCCUACCCACGCCGAAGCGUCUACGGAGGUUACCUGCCGUCGGCGCGUAAAAUCAGCGCCGUCCUGUUUGACGACAAGUUCGCCCCUGACGACUUAUGGACAGUCAUGUUCAUGCAGUUCGGUCAGUUCAUCUCGCACGACAUGUCCAUGUCCUCCAAACCUCACUACGGCGACCAAGGUGUGCAGUGCUGCACGCCAGACAACUCCGGAGCUCUGCCGCCCGAAAUGAUGCACCACGCGUGCUACCCCAUUCUGAUCCCGCACGACGACCCCUUCUUCUCCUACUUCGGGCAGAGGUGCAUGAAUUUCGUCCGCUCGAUGACGGUCGCCCACCCCGACUGCAGGCUCGGCCCAGCUGAACAGAUGAACACGGUGAGCCACUUCAUCGACCUGUCGCACGUGUACGGCAACAGCGAGCAGGAGGCGAACUCGCUGCGGCUGGGCAAGGGCGGCCUGUUGGCGUACACGUAUCGCGACGGCCGCGUGGUCCUGCCCACGCACACCACCAUGAAGACGGCCUGCAACAAGGAUUGUCCGGCCUCGGCGUGCUACAAGGGCGGCGACGCCCGCAUCAACCAGAACCCGGGUCUCGCCUUGCUGCACAUCCUCUUCCUCAGGGACCACAACCGGAUCGCGUCCGAGCUGUACAAGAUCAACGGCCACUGGGACGACGAGCGGCUCUUCCACGAGACGCGCCGCAUCCUCGUCGCCGUCUACCAGCACAUCGUCUACGACGAGUACCUCCCCAUCGCCCUCGGCGAGGACUUCGUGGCGGCACACAACAUUGUCAACGGCAAGGAAGGGUACAACGCGAAGAGCGGCUACGACGCCUAUGUCAGUCCCAACGUGCUCAACGAACACGCCACGGCCGCCUUCCGCUACCAGCACUCGACCAUCCACAGUUUCAGCGAACUUUACGGCCCUGGCCACUAUUACAACGGCUCCACUCGCAUGAGCGACCACUUUGAAUGUCCGGCUAUUCUUGAACAGGGUCCACUCUUGGACUACUACAUCAGAGGAAUGUGCACGUCGCCCAUGCAAAAGGCCGAUAAGUUCUACUCUCAUGAGAUCACGUGGUUCCUGUUCCGCGACGGCAAACCCUGGGGUCUGGACCUGGAGAGCUUCGACAUUCAGCGGUCACGUGACCACGGACUGCGCGGCUACAACGACUACCGGGCCAUGUGCGGCCUGCCGAGGGCCAAGUACUUUGACGACCUCGCCGACUUGAUCGCGCCCGAGUUCAUCGAAAAACUGGCCUACAUGUACAAGCACGUGGACGACCUCGACCUGACCGUCGCCUUCCUCGAGACGCACGUCAAGGACGCGCUGUUUGGCCCCACCCUGAGGUGCAUCGCAGGCGAGCAGUUCUACCGCAGCAGGGUCGGCGACAAGUACUUCUUCGAGCAUAAGGGCAUGCCCCACUCCUUCUCCGAAGACCAAAUCGCCUCCAUCAAGAAGGUCACCCUGGCCAAGUUGGUCUGCGUCAACUCGGACUACAUCGAGGAGAUUCAACCCGAUGCCCUGCACCUCAUUACGGAAAAGAACAAGUUGGUCAACUGCGCCUCCCUGCCAGGGCUUGACCUCGGCCUUUGGAAGGAAGAACCCUCAUAUAAAUAGGUCGGGUUAUUGCAUGAAUUUCCACAUUAGUGGCUCCAAGUAGCAUUAUAAAUAAGGCAUUACUUUUUCACUUUGUAAUAAAACCUUUUUAAAUGAAUAA